CCUCCAUUCCUCCCAGUCUACAGGCUCGUCAAGCGGAGAAAUAAACAGAAGCGGGCGCAGAGAGAGAGAGAGAGACGAGGAGACACAUUCCUCCCUCCCCUCCCCCUCACUAUCUGUCCAUCUUCCAUCCAGCUCCUUUCUUUUCAUGGAGAGGAAUUAUCCCGCUGCAGGAUUCGGAGAUCUUGGGUCCGGGACGGGAUGGAGUUACGACAGAUCGGCCAAAGCAAGCCUCGUGUAUGGGAGCUCCAGGUCAUCCCACCCAGACUCAGAGCUGCUCCACCGGCAAGCCUAUGGCACCCCUCAUCCCCUCCAGGGCUAUGCAACCAACCACCACCCAGGAAGCUCUAGACAGGCAGGGGCCUGGGGCGCCGCGGGACGCACACUUGGCCUAUCGGGGCUGUUCGAUGCCGGACUCCACCAUGCCAGCCCCUCGGGUCCUGAUCCGUCUGUCAUGAAUCUGAUUUCCGCGCUGGAGUCCCGGGGUCCUCAGCACCCACCCUCUGCUUCUUCACUGCUAUCACAGUUUCGCACUCCGUCUUGGCAGACGGCAAUGCAUACACCGGCCCCAGCUGAGCUCUUUAUAUCCGGGGCCCUUCCUGGUUCCGGCUCCUUCCCACCCUCUUCAGCCCUUUCUGCAUACCAACAUCCAGGUUCCUUCUCUGGACGAUCCUUCACUCCGUCACUAUCCUUGCAGGACGCCCCCACUUACAGCCCCAACUCCAAUGGUUUGCUGUCCCCCCACGAUCCCCUUCUACACAUCAAAGCACCCUCCCAGUCCAGUUUGGGCUUUGAUCGUUUGCUAUCUUCCCAGAGUGCCACAUAUCGGAGCUCGCAGGAGCUUCCGGCACCUUCUCAAUCCCAAGCUCCUCCCUCCUCCUCCAGCUGCCACCUUCCCUCUCCCCAGUUCAACUUGCUGUCCUCCCAACUCCACAGCCAGUCAUCUCAGCUCUAUAAUGCCUCCAUGUUCUCAUCCACAUCAGCCCUGCUGCCGACCAGCCACCCUCAGUCCCAUCCUCCUCAAGAGAGGACCAUGCCCCGUCAGGACAGUGUGAUCAAGCAUUAUCAACGCUCGUCUCCUGCUCAAGCUCCAGCCCUCCCUCUUCAACAGUAUGUGAGCUGUGGCUCCGCAGGCUACCCCCAAAUGUCCAGUCACCACCGGCAUGGGGGUCCUGGUUUGUCCUGCAGCCCCCUGGGUGAGCAAAGCCCAUCUUCAGACCCUAAACCCUCACCACAGUCAGACUCACAGACAUAUCGCCCCAUCAUUCAAACACCAUACACUACAGCCUCCAGCUCCUCUGUGUCUUCGUCGGGCGCCAAGGGAGCAAAGAGCACUGGCUCCAGCAGUGGCUACUCUUCUUCAGGAUCCUUGUCAUCCUCUUCCCGUACGCCCCACACUCCACCAUCAGCUUCAUCCACUUCGUCUAUAUCCUCAUCAAGCUCCAAGACGAGUGCUGGCUCCUUGUCAACCCCAGCUCAUCCACAGCCCCCUCCUCAGUCAGCUCCACCCCCUUUACCAGCAGAGGCAUCCACUUCUGUUCAACAGCAAGCCCCUAAACAAUGCCUAUCCAGCUAUGGGUCUCCCCCUGUGCCAAAAUCCAACACAAGCCUCCAGGGCAAAACCCCUCCACAGCAACAUGCCCAGUCCUUCUCUCCUAACCAGCCUUCAUCGGCACACAUGACUCAGUCAUACGGAGGCUUUAGCUCACCGCAGGCCCAGGAAUUGAGCUCAGCCACGCCUGGCACUGGUGGAAAGUCUUAUAGUGGUAUAGGAUCUGGAGGACGCUCCUUCUCCGCAGAGAUCGUCUAUGGUGACUCUAACUAUGGCUCUGGUUCUCUUAGAAGAGCUGACAGUCCGUCCUUGGGCUACGGGAGUGCUCCGGGAUCAUCAGCUGGUGGACCUCCUUCUGGAGCGUCUACUCAUGGAAGCGGAGUUGGAUCUGCAGGAUCAGGAAGCAGCACUUCCAUCGGUAACGGGGGCAGCAGCUCUUACCACGAUUCCAGCUCCUCACCAUCCAUCCCUUCUGCCACCAGCCGACCUGGUUUGCACUCUCCAGCCGCUGCUCGACCUGCACAGUCCCCUGGAGCCUCAGGGGCCAGUAAAUAUAUACCCAACAUCCUCUCACCCACGUAUAUGUCCUCACCACAAGCUUAUCCUGACACACAUCAGGAGCAGAGCCAGUCUUACCACUCUACACCACCCAAGCCAAAAUCGGAGACGAAUAUGUUAGGAGUGGAGCGCACCCAGAAUGAACAGGAUGACGAUGACUUCCUCAUACAUCAUAUCCUGCAUGCUGAGAGCUCGACCGGGCACCCCUCGCAGCAUCACCCUCCUCAACAGCAAAUCCCCCAACAGCUCCCGCUGACUCGAGAGGGUGAAGGCAAAGGAGUCGCCUACGACAUGAGCAAAAUGUCCGAAGAACGCUAUCACCUUCAAAGUGUCAUUCGUGCAAACAACACCACCAACAGUUCAGGAAUAUCGAUUGCUGAUGGGACAGGUGGAUUAAACAGUCAAAUGGAAAUGAGCAGGAAACAAACAAAGUCAGAGUUGGCCUUGCCGAAGCCCAAUGGUGGUGGAGUAGUUGGGGACAGUGAGUCCCUAUCCCACUCCCAUAGCGCUCACUCUCAUCAGCAACAUGACUCGCUCAGCUCUGUUGUCAAUUAUGGACGUGCAGACCCCUAUGCUCAGCAUCAACACUCCCAACAAUCUCACCACAUCUCCCAUGUACCAUCACAGUCCCAGCAACACUGUCAGCAACCUCUGCUGUCGCAGCACUCACGGCUGCCGCAGCAAAGCUACCCUCAUUCACACCACGCUCACAUCGAGGUGAAAAAGUCUGCAGAGAGGUCUGACUACUUGUGUAGUACCCCGGAUGUACAGCAGGCCCAGCAGAGCCAGGUCUCCAUCUCAAUGAUGGACUCGCCAACAGACUCCCCACAACAAACUCACAUGCUGCAAUCAGUCCUUUCUCAUACCCCUACGUCAAAGAUGGAGUCCAAGCAACAGCAACAUGCUCUAGGUCAGCAGGCAAUAAUGGGUCCGACUGGAAGGGCGGGGCCGGUUGGAAUGGACCCCCAUCCACAGGGUCAAACUUCACAACUGCAACAUCAGCUUCAGACUCAGAGUAUGGAGACCCAUUACAGCCUUGGAGGCCAGUCGAGAGAUCAAAUCCAAGUCAACCAGAACACGGUGUCGGAGCUGGACAUGAUAGACCCGUCGCUUUCUCAGACAAGUGGCAGGGCAAGUGGUGGUGCCAUUAAUCGAGCUGCUCCGAGGGUUAGCAUUCCAGGGGAAGAGGGUGUUGUUGGGGACAGUCACAGACAACAGCACAGUCUAGCGUCCCAUCAUCACCCCCAGCAACAAGCAUCGGAGCUCCACGACUUCCUCUCUGAGCCAAGUAUGGGCUUGUCCACUCCUUCUCAUUUGCACCAUCUCAACCAGCCUGCGGCUCACGCUCACCUGAGCCAACAGACACACUCUCUCCACCAGUUAUCACACUCCCAGCUGUCUCACCAGCACUCCAACCAAAUCUCAUCAAACCUGAGGACCCCACAACAAGCGCAGCCUCCGCAGAGAGAGCCUGAAAACCAGAUGUCACAUUCCCAAUUAGAACAACUCAAGCAACACCAGUUUGAUGCGGUGAGUCCUGUUGGCAAAGGACCUCACGGUCAGAGUCAACAAGAGCAACAGCAGCGCUUCUCUUCUUUAUCAUCGAUCUGCUUUCCGGACUCUCUUUUAAAUGAUGAGGACCGGCCAUUCUUUCCUGGAAUGGAUGAGAUGUUCUGCUCCGCCGACUACAAGUCGAGCUGUGCUGGCAUGACUGGCCCUGGACAGGGAGUUCAAGAAAGCCUUUCCCAGGUGCGUGGACAAGGGCCAGAGGGGAUGGAUGGCUUGAAGACAGGAGGUCCCUCAGAGCGCUAUAACAUGGUAGGCCAUCACGGUGAUCAAGGCUAUGGUCAGUACUGUCAGAGCCUACAAGGGCAUGGAAAUGGAAGUAUGCACUUAGACCUGGAGUCGCUGAAAACCCAUGAGCUUCCUUCGACUGUGAACACUGACCAGCUGGGACUCAUCCAGUCGCAAACGCCCGGCAUGGGAAUGAAUUCUGCCGUUCCAGGCGAUGCCUCUGUCAAUAAAAUGAUCGGCAAUUUGGGAGUGGGAAGUUCCAACAACAGUGGUCUCACCUCUCCCAUCUUCUGUUCUUCUCGACCCAAAAAGUUGUUGAAGACCAGCUCCUUUCACUUGCUCAAACAGCGACGUGAGCCACAACCUCAGACGAAGAAAACUUAUGCACAGGAGUAUGAGUUUGAAGAUGAUGAGGACAAGGCCGACGCUCCAGCUGACAUCCGUCUCAACAGUCGCCGCCUUCCUGAUCUGCUCCCUGACUUGGUUUCAAGCUGCAGAAAGGUCGGUGGGGCGUCAGGCCUAAGUGGGCUGAGUCCACUCAUGGGUGAUCUGGACUAUUGCCAACCCUCAAGCUAUUCAUCCCUUGGACACCCUCAACCGCUUCUUCCCCCAGACGGACCAAAGAAACGAGGCAGGAAACCAACCAAACCAAAACGCGAGGGCCCUCCUCGGCCACGGGGCAGGCCUCGCAUACGCCCUCUUCCCGAGCCUCCUUACUGCAGGGGGCUAAUGGGAUCCGUUCCGGGAGAGAGCAGGAGGGGUCGUGGCCGUGGUCGAGGCAGAGGCAGGAGGGAAGAAGGAAUAAUGGAAAUGCACCGAGACAUGAACAAAGCACAAACCCAGCUGUAUCCGCCGCAGCAGCAGCACUUCUCCCAACAGCAGCAUCUCCAGCAGCACCUUCAGCAGCAGCCAGACUUGCACCAAGCCGCACAGCAACAUCAUCUCCUGCACCAUCAACCACAGCAUGUGCCAUAUCCCCAGCACCAAAUGCAUCCUCAACAUCAGCCGAACCACCAUCAACCACCACAGGAGCAGCAGCACGAGCCAAUCCCACCUAUGAAGAUUAAAAUGCCUGUUUCGGCCAUGACCUCAUCAGACUCGCUGUUACGGACAGAUUCGCUGUCCAGCACUGAUCCUGUUCUGUCUGACGGCUCGGUGGGUUCGGCGCCUUCCUUGGGUACCAGCCCUGGACCCAGUUCCACCAUGGACAUUGGCAGAAAUGAGCUCAACCAGAUGCAAGACAAAAUGAUGAAGCAUCAUCAGAAACCUGAAGAGAUGACGUGGAAGAAAGAAAUGGAGGACCCCCUUCAUCCCGAAUCCUGGAGCAGCAUGCAGAAACUCUCCAGUUCAGCUGAUGACAAGUGCUUUGACUUCAAACCUGGCUUCAUGGCUUCAUUUUUGGAUUUCCUAAAGACCGGCAAGAAGCCUCCAGAUCUUGAGCUGGGGCCAGACGCUGAUGAGCAGGUGGCCCUGGAUGCGUGCUCCUCUCUGAAAGGAGGCAUCCGACCUCUGUCUCCUCCUCCCAUGCCACCGACUCCUCCGCAGCAGCAGUCAGGCUCGUUCAGCGAAGACGGGGAGGGCGAGGGUGCCAACCUGGCUUUGAGCAACUGCCCAAGUCCUUGCAAACCUUUGGAUGAGGAGCUGAAACGGAACCUUGAGACGCUGCCGUCCUUCUCCUCCGACGAGGAAGACUCUGUCAGCAAGAACCAGGACUUGCAGAAGAGCAUCUCCUCUGCCAUCUCGGCACUCUAUGACACGCCACACUCCCUGGCUGCGGCCAUGGCCUCUGCUUUGGCAAAAGCCCCUCCUUCCCCCGAGGAGCCACCACUUUGCACACCUCCUCCUCCGGCUGUUCCCCCACUGAUACCCUCCGACAGCAUGGAGGACGAGAAAGAAGAAGUGCUCACGUACUCGCAGCAGCAGGAAGAAGAAGAGGAAGACUUUGUCUCGCCACCGUCGAACAGAGAGGAAGCAGAGGAAAGAGUGGUGCAGCAAGAGGCUGGGAAAGAGGAGGACAGAAGGCAGGAGAUGAUCACAGACCGUGAAGACCGACUGGACGACGCUCGAACUAAGCAGCGGGGGCCUUCAGAACAGGAGGAGCGCAAGCAGGGAUUUGAAAAUCAGACAUCUGAGACGCCUGUGGUCGAAGAGUCACCAUCCAGACCUGCUGCGGCUCCUCUGUCCUCUGUGUCGUCUAUCUCCCCCUCACCGCCCACCUACUCGUCCCCUUCCCCCCUCCCCCACCUGGCUCUCUCCGCCUCCUCCCCACCACCCAUCCCGCAGGAGAAAGAGCAGGUGAAACCCUUGUACCCUCCUUCAGACCAGCAGCAGACCUCAAUUCACCAGGCUGCCCCAGUGGCUGGCACCUCCCCGCCACCAUCUACAUCACCCCCAGCGAUCCCGUCCUCACCCCUCUCCAGCCUGCCGCUGGCUCAGUCGGUCCCGCCUCCGUCCACCACACCGCCUCCGUCCUGCUCAGACCAAGACCAAGAACCGGAAGCUGGCCAGGCCUCACCUUCAUCACCGUCCUCCUCCUCUCCAGUGUCAUCCUCUUCAUCACCUCCGUCCCCUCCGACUCCAGAUGAGUCCUCGGCCUCUCAGCGUCUCACUUCCCUCCACCUGGCCAAAAAGCAGGCCGAUGCUGCCAUCGCUGGGGAGAGCGAGGAGGAAGACAGCGAGAGCGGGGGCGAGGGUAUCUUCAGGGAACGGGACGAGUUUGUUGUUCGGACAGAAGACAUCGGGACUCUCAAGCUGGCGUUGCAGACCGGCCGUGAGCCGCCGCCCAUCUGGAGGGUCCAGAAAGCUCUGCUCCAGAAAUUCAGCCCUGAGAUCAAGGAUGGCCAAAGACAGUUCUGUGCCACCAGUAAUUACUUGGGAUACUUCGGUGAUGCCAAAAUGCGCUACCAGCGUUUGUACGUGAAGUUUUUGGAGAACGUCAACAAGAAGGAUUACGUCCGAGUGUGCUCCAGAAAGCCGUGGCACCGAGCUGGUCUGACCCUGAGGCGACAGUCUCUACCAAAGCAGUUGCCCACGGUUCACAGUCAAACUCCACCUCGAGCUGAGAGAGAAGACAAGGAGAGGCAGAAGGAGCGAGAGCUGAAGGAGCUGAGGGAGAAAGAUCAGAGAGACAGGCUAGAGAAAGAGCUUAAAGAGAAAGAGAGAAGGGAAAAGGAGGAGAAGGAGAAGCUAGAACGAGAACAGAAGGAGAGGGAACGCCGAGAGAAUGAACUUGAGCUUAAAGAGAAGGAGCGUAGAGAGAAGGAGAAAAAGAUGCUUCUGAAACAGGAGAGUGAGAGAAGAGAGAAGGAGCUCAAGGAGAGGGAGAGAAAAAAGAAGGAGCAGAAGGAAAGGGAGGCAUGGGAAGAGAAGGAGAGGAGGACAAGGGAGCAGAGGGAAAAGGAGAAACAGGAGAGGGAAUAUCAAGAAAAGGAAAAGCUGGAAAGAGAACAGAAGGAAAGAGAAUGGCGAGAGUGGGAGCAACAGGAGAGAGAAAAGAAAGAGAGGGAGAAGGAGGCUCACAUGAAGGAGCAAAUAGAGAGGGAGGCCCAGGAUAGGGAGCGCAAAGAGAGAGAGAAGCAAGAAAGGGCUCAAAGAGAGAAGGAGAGGAAAGAAAGGGAGCAAAGAGAACGGGAAAGACAGGAGGCGGAACAGAAGGAGAGGGAAAAACAGGAGAAGGAGAGGAGAGAAAAGGAGCGAGAGAAGAGAGAGCGGGAGCGUCGGGAGAAGGAGCGACAGGAGCGGGAGCGCCGGGAGGAGAAGGAGCAGCGGGAGAAGGAGGAGAGGGAGAAGCAGAAGCAAAGGGAGCAAGUCAAAGAGGAGCGUGAGAGGAGAGGGGGAGCUGUGGAGAAGGUGAAGGAGGAGAAGAGAGGAGAGAAGGUGAAGAUCGAGGCCAGAGCCAAAGGUUCCAAGGACAAGGCAGAGCCACCUCCCAAGAAGAGGAAGAAGUGGUUGAAGGAGGUGCCGUCCUCGUCCUCCGAGUCUGACUCCUCUCAACCCAGUGAGGAUGAAGGGCCGCCGCGGGCUGGCUUCAACAGCCGCGCCAUGAGGGAGAUGUUCAGGAGUUACGUGGAAAUGCUGGUCAGCACGGCCCUCGACCCUGACAUGAUCCAGGCGCUGGAGGACACCGAUGAUGAGUUGUACCUCCCACCCAUGAGGAAGAUCGACAGUCUCCUGAGCGAGCAGAAGAAGAGGCUGCUGAGGAGAGUGAACAUGAGUGCUCAGCACCAGGAGGCUCUCAAUAUUUUCCCCAAGAUGGUCGCAGACCCCCUGGAGUCUGGCACCGUCAAGAUCCACCUGGGUGGGGAGGGGUACAACCGCAAAACACUGAACCGAGGAAAGAGGAGCAUUCCCAAACAGCAGGAUUUGAAGACCUCCAUUGAGACCUGCCGGAUCUACAGCCUCUAUCAUUCCCUUCACCACUACAAGUAUCACACCUUCCUGCACUGCAAGAAGGAGACGGACAGCAUUGAACAGGCAGCAGAGGAUCCGGGCCAGGAGGAGGUGGUGCAGCAGUGCAUGGCCAACCAGAGCUGGCUGGAGAGCCUCUUCAACUCCUUCAUGGAGCUCCUGGCUCUCAGUGCCAAAGCCUGAUGGACUGGACUCCCAGCGUUGAUGACCCCACUUUAAAAAGUAUUUGCCGAGUAUGGGGGCGACCGCCCCGGGAGGGGGGGCGUCGCCGUGAAUGUGAAAGUCGGGGACUGCGAUCAAGCACUUUUUGUGAAGGCUUACCGAGUAUUCAAACACACACAUGCACUCACACAGACACGCACUGUCUAUAAGUAAUGUAUUGAUAACACUUUGUAUUAUUUAUAAAUUUUUGAAAAAAAAGAAAAGGCACUCUGGAGAUGGUUGGCUCAUUUUUGAACGAAGAGGUGUACAUAAAAUGACCCUCCGUUUUUCUUUGCUUCUGUCACCAACAGAGAUAAAACUUGCGCCGACUGGAACACUGCAGUGUUUCACAAAGACUAUGUAAUAGUCUCCUGCCUCACUUUGAAAGCAGUUGAGAUUCAGGGUGUUUGAAAAACCAAGCUGUGUUCUUUCUGUUCGUUCUUAAAAAGACAAGCAGAGAGUUGACUCCUCUGACCACAGAGACGAAAAAAAAAAAAAAAAAACGAGACUUCCUGAAAGAAGGUUUCGGCGUGAAGCGAUCCAAAAGCAUUAAUGUGUGUGUUUUAAUGUCAAUGUCAUUUUUAUCUGUUGGUUGUUGGUUGAUCUUUGCCAUAAUUUGAUUCUUGCAGAGCAUAUCUGUUGUUUUGAUGUGUACAUAGUGUACAGCUUCUUCAUUCUCUAGUUCCCAGUUUCCUCUUCUGUACAUGAAAUUCCUGUAUUUGACAAAGUAAAGUAAAUAAAACUGCUCGACCGGCAGAUGUGAUGAUGAAUGAA